CUACUUUCACCAACUCAUCUCCUUUUCCCUCUCUACAUUUACACGGCCGGCGUUUGUCGAUUUCCAGCUGCUGCAUUCGAGUAAUAUCCUGCUUUGCAUAUCACCAGAAACCCCCCACGCGACACCAUUCUCGCUCGAGCGCCACCCCGUCACGCCUCGACAACCCAUCCCACAACUACAGCCAUGUCCCGCAUACAGCAAGAUCAGUUUGUGGACGAUGACGAAGACGAGUGCUGCCCACUCUGCGUGGAGGAGUUCGAUCUGUCAGACAAGAACUUCCGUCCAUGCCCCUGUGGCUACCAGAUCUGUCAGUUCUGUUUCAACAAUAUCAAGACGACCAUGAAUGGACUGUGUCCAGCAUGCCGUCGACCAUACGAUGAAUCGACGAUCGAAUUCAAGAAUAUCACUCCAGAAGAGAUGGCCAAGCACAAGCAACAAAUCGCGCAAAAGGCGAAGAAAAACGCAGCCAUGCGUCAAAAGGAAGCACAGAAGGCAGAGGCAGACCACCUCAGUCGAAAACACCUCGCUGGCCUACGUGUGGUUCAAAAGAAUCUCGUCUACGUAACCGGUCUUACGCCCACGAUACGAGAAGAUCGCUUACUGGAUACGCUACGCGGUCCCGACUACUUUGGACAGUAUGGCAAGAUAAUCAAGAUUGUUGUCAGCAAGGCCAAGGAAAAUGCACAGCAUCAGCAAUCGGUCGGCGUAUAUGUUACCUUUGCACGCAAAGAAGAUGCUGCAGCAUGUAUCGCUGCUGUUGAUGGCUCACAAAAUGGCGACCGUACACUGAGAGCACAAUACGGUACAACAAAGUACUGUUCAGCGUACUUGCGAGGUGAACAAUGCAAUAAUCGCAACUGCAUGUUUCUCCAUGAACCGGGCGAGGAUAAUGACAGCUUCACGCGGCAGGAUCUCUCCAUGAUGAACUCAAUCCAGACACAGCAACCGACCCAGUCUCAUAACAACGCUGCACCCCCGCCCCAUCGAGGACCUCCUGUCGCCGCAGCGGCAAUGAACCGACAAGACAGUAGCGAUACACCAAGUCCUACCAGCGACGCCCCAGGUUUGCCAGCUACUGCCAACUGGGGAAGUAAAGCUGCUCAAGAACGUCGUCUCAGUCGAUCUACAAACGCCUCUCACCCUAGCCCAAUGGUCAUCAAUGCGGUACCUGCACCAACAUCGAAGACAACAAAAGCUGAGGAGCCCCCAAAGAAGAAAGGCAGAGAAAAAGAGAAGGAAAAGGAAAAGGAGAAAGAGAAAGACGUAGAGAAGGACAAGACCAAGGAAAAAUCUACACCCGCAUCCAAAUCUGCAACCCCUCAGUCUUCACAACCCGCCGAGUCUGCCCCUGCUCAACCGCAAAAGGCUCGCAUUCCCGGACUGGACACUCUGCUUAAGCAAAUCACUGAUCCCAACUUCAAAUUCGUCUUCUCGAGCGCGAUUCUAUCAGAAGAGGAUUUCAAAGCCAUAAUGGAGUUCCCCCAGAUACUUGAUCCAAAUGGUGGCGCAAAGCGACGUGCCGCGCUCGAAGAAAAAGAGAAGGAAAAGGAGCGAGCGCUGCAACGAGAAGCCGAGGCGCAGGCCGCUGCCCAAGCCGCUGCCCAAGCUGCUGCGACUACUGAUCAAGAGGAAAACACAGAAGCAACAGCAGGUGGUAGCUUGCAACUUGGCGGAGAACCCGAAGAACGACACGAUGUGGGACCCAGCCAACUAAACCGUCAUGCAAUCGCACCUCCAGGUCAGAGCGCACUUGGUGCUGGAAUAUUUGGUCAAAGCAGUGACGAAUUCGGGAACAACAAUCUGAACAAUCGUGGUCUUACGCCCCAGCAACAACAACAGAUACUCCUUUCAAGCUUCAAAUCCAGCGCGCCGCAGUCUGCCGGACUCUUAUCAAAUUUCCCUACCAAUCAAAACCAGCAACCAAGUCACAACCAAACCAGCAACGCUCCCGGUCACAUUAGGCAUACUUCCCGAUUCAGCUUUGCAAACGAUAGUGCUUCUGCCUCGGCCUCCGUGCAGCCUGUUGCAAACCAGAAGUUGAUGAGCCAGCAGUCUUCGAUGAUGCCAAAGGGUGGCCACUUCAACCAACUAUCCCAACACCAACCUCUGGCCGGUCAAUUUUACACCGGUAGUGUCCAAGGACCACCUCCUGGCUUGAAAGCAACCGGAACCCCUCCAGUAAGUGGAGGUGGCAUGUUUGGCCAGGGCCAUGGUUUCGCCACGGGUGGUAUCAACUACGGCGCAAAUGCUGGUGGUCGAAACAACAACGAUGCCAUGUAUCAGGACUUGUUGCGUAACAGGAAUUUGGACGGCGGUGCUAGGAUUGCUGAUACUGGUAAGCGUGAGUCAAUGUUUCCUUCUUUUCUUAACCAACACCCUACAACCUCUACACCAGCCCCAGCCCCUGGCCUGAUCAGCUUUCCUUAUGGACCUUCGCCUGGUGCUUACCAGGAAACUGGUUCGCAGAAAUCGAAGAAAAAGGGCAAAAAGCAUCGACAUGCCAACACCUCCUCUUCCGGAGGUGGAGGUGUAGUUGAUGUUCAGGACCCGAGUAUCUUGCAGGCAAGGUUGCAUCAAGGAGGCAACAUGGUCGGCCAAGGGCUAUAUGCUGGUCAAGGUCAAGCUGGGUUUUCAUCCUUGUAUACCAACAACAACUACGGCGGCGGCGCAGGACGAUGGUAGCCCAGAGAGUUUUCUUCUUUCACAUAUUUUCAACCAAAGUCGCAUACUGUGUUUUAUUACUUGUCAUUCCCAACGAUGGCGGCAUUGGUGUUUUCGGUUUUUAUUGGGAAGCAACUGCAUCGGCACAGUCUAAGUCUUAACGGCUUUUGAGAUCGCCUGGCGUUCUUGAAAUGGGUCAAACCUUGUCACACAUUUAUUGGCUUCGGCUUUGGCAUGGCUUCAUGGAACUUCAUUUCUAUAUUUGUUUUUUCUGAGAUGUUUCUGGGCGAAAUAUGCUGCUUUUGCCAGGUCUACACGCCACCUCUUUCUGUCUCUCUCUCGUCGUCUUCGUCAUGCCAUCGUAUGUAUGUAACAAUCCCCUUCCUGCCGUAACAUCUCGGCAUGCUUACGAUUAAUUAGAAGGAUGGCUUCCCCAAUUGCCUUUUGCAUGGUUCGCGUGAC